AUAACUCGGCGACCACGGAGCGAGGACGGUCUCAAAUAUUUUAGACUUGUAGUAUUUCCACCCGGGCCGCGACGAGCAGCGCAUCUCCACCGCGAUCAGCUUUUCCCAUAGCCUCACGCUGCGUGCCUUACGCUUUUUUCGACUCCAAAUCAGUUUCGGAUUCGUGAACCUCUGUGUUUCCCGCGUCGAAAUUCACCUCUCGCGACCGUCGCCGCCAGCCCUCGCCAUGGUUCGCCGAUCGACAUUCUUUUAGGUUAUGGUAAAGCCAAGUGUGUCAUGUACUUAUUUUGAAGUCAACAGGUUGUUGUGUUUUCGUCGCCCCCAUAUGUGCUUUUGUCCCUCGUGUUCGUGAGUAAUUUCGUGCGAUUUGUGUUCGUUUCUGUGCUCCCCAGUUUGUGCCCAUCGUUUAUGUCGGUUUGUUUUGGUUUAUGUGUUAUCAACGCCUCUGUGUGAUGGAUUAUUUUAAUUGUUGGAGUAUCUCUCUUCGAGGAAUGGAUAAUCCAAAAUUGAAAGGGGCAGCGUAGGGGAGAGUAGCCGGUAUGUAGUUGAGAUGCGUCAUGCGUAGUGGCACUGUCUGUGCUCGUGUAGAAUCUUGCUUGCCCUCGUCACUGACAGCGCCCAGUCAAAGAUUCGCAUCAGUACAGCUUCUCAACAGCCAUACGCUUUAUUUCGCCGUCGAGCCAAAGUCAAAAACAAAGGAUUUAUACCAACAAACAUGUGCCUACCUCUGUGCGCAAGGAAUGCUCGACACACAGCUCUUUGGCUUGGCCAUCGAGUUAGAUGGCGAGUUUCUGUUUGUUGACCCCGACUACAAACUAUCCAAGUAUGCACCGAAAAGUUGGAGGUCCUCUUCUACCCACGGAUUGGACAGCAAUGGAAAACCUCUUCUUACUUUCCAACUCCGAGUUCAGUUCUAUGUUGAAAGUCCGCUUUUACUCAGGGAUGAAUAUUCAAGACACCUCUAUUACCUUCAACUUCGGAAAAAUGUCAUUUCACGAGGCACACUCCAUGCAAGCGCCAGUGAGGAGAUCAUCUUUCUCCUCACUGGUCUUGCUCUCCAAGCAGAUUUCGGGGAUUUCAGUGAAAUUCAACAUACUGGACAGUAUUUUCAACUCUCGGACUAUUUUCCACCCCAUAUGCUCAGCAAUGGGAGUGAACCGAGAUUAUUUCAAACUGCUACAAACUUACAUAGGCAUAAUUGUAGUUUAUCUAAGGAAAGCGCUGAGAACGAAUUCAUCCGUGAGGCAUCCUCAGCGAGUAACUGCCCUCUCACCCACAACUCCCACCUCUAUCACCUUAAACAGAAGAAAAAUGACCCCAACCCAGGGACUGUUUCGCUGGCCAUUUCUACCACUGGUAUCAAACUCUACGAGGAUAGCCCGACCAAACCUGUUAGCGGUAACUUUUUGUGGGGCAAUAUCGGAAAGCUGGGUUUCGAUAGGAAAAAAUUCGAAAUUCGAGGUUCCAAUCCAGGGCCCUCGGCUGGUGAAAAAUUAGUGUAUUAUACUAGUAGCGAUGAAAAGAGCAAACAUUUGUUAAUGCUUUGUAAAGUAACGCAUCAAUUCUUAAUGGCAAUUCAACCAAGGCUUACAGAAAUCCAACAAAAAGAGGAAGAAGAACGGAAGAAGAGUCAAGAUUGGAAUACCAUGGGUAAACGGGAUACAUGCGAACGGAGCGACCAGCGGAUCUCUGUCAUUUCGAGCACCUCAAGCAAUACUACAUCUGGAAUAGUUUCUGACCGAGUCCAUAGUUUAGACGAAAGUGAAGAUGACCUCGAACUAGAAAUAAUGAUUAACACACCGCCAGUAGCAUCAGUAGAAAGUUUAGCGCUCGCUCAUUUACGGGAUAAUUUAAAUAGUUGUGAAAGUUCUCCUUCUCCUUGUUUGGCUUCUACCCAAGAUACUGUCAGUGACGAGGUAUCAGAGCCACCAUUUAGUAAUACCAAACACUUCACUCCAACAUCUUCUGCUUUAACAGAUGGAAGCCAGUGCUCUAGUUCAUGUUCCACCGUUGUUGUUGCCAGUCCUGUUUCUAUGAGAGAAGAUUUACCAACUCCGAAUCGACGGCGCCCAAGCACAAGUUCAAGUUUAGAGUUGGGUUUUAGUCACACGGCUGAAAAUUCUGUGGUCUCUGAUUUUACAAGCUGCAUGGAAUUAGAUUAUUCUGUUCAAAGUGCCCAUACCUCCAGUGGCAUCUAUACCUUGCGUUCAAGCUGUGAAACCAACACUGUUGCCAACACAACGAUUGCUUGCUCAUCAGAAACUAGUGGAAUUUGUCAUACAAGUGUCGGCGAUUCUGAAGGCCAGAGAUCAAGAAGUGGAUCGAUUGUGUCUGCCUCUGGUAGUUUCCACGGUGAUGGAAGUGACCCGUCAGAUGCAGGGCGGGGCGCGUUACUCUCUGCCGAAGAACUUUCGGACCUUAUCGUCGGAAGAAGCCCCAAACCACGGAGGGGCGUGUAUCCUUCUCGUGCCACUGUCAGCUCAACACUAGAUUCCGAUUCGGAUUAUGUAACUCUUCCUCCUCCCCCACUCCCUCCACCGAGGUCUGAUUCCAUCAACGCAAUGGACUAUUCACUCCGAUCACGCUGCCUCUCCUCUCCGAGCAACACGAUGCUAACAUAUCAUAGCGAUCGUAUUGAGGGCUCACUCUCACAACUGUCUCUGUGCUCCUCUAACCGAAAAGUGAAUGGAUUCGAUGAGCCAGUUUUUCCUGGGCAUACGAUGCAUGUACCUCAACAGCCAAUUGCCACACCCCAGUCUCCGUCUUACCAGAAAACUGCCCCUUCGUACUUAUUGCCAAACCCAACCUCGAUAGCCCCACCACUAGUCCAAAGACCCCAUUACCUCCCUGUCACCAGCAACAGUCAAAUAUCAUCUUAUCCUGGUACUCCGCUUACCCUCUCUCAAGAGUUCUCCCAUUCUCAGCCGUCCAUGGACCAAAAUCAUUUUGUACCCAAGUAUUGGCAGCAGUAUUCUCCCCUGAGCUCAAUACCCUCCCCGCCAGAAAGCACCAGUGCUAGAUUCAUCACGAGUAAACCUCAUAUCAAUUUAAUGGCAGCACACACAAUGGUGUCAACGAAUCCACCUUCAAAUUACACCGUAUCCCCAACGUAUCACCCAGUUUCUAGUCCCAGUGACAGAAUCAGUCAGCAGCAGCGAAAUAUUCCUAUUGAUGCUGCAUCUCGAAUGAAAAUCAAACAUGAUGCUUUCCACUCUAACUUGAUCCCGAUCGUCGGAAGUAACAACUACCUCGAUGUGCGAGGAAGUGGUGCUGCUUACCUACAGCAAAUUCAUCAGGCAAACCCCCCUCCUCCCCCUCCCCCCAGAUCAUCCCUUGCGACAGUCUACACGAGUCAAGUAACGCGAAGUCAAAUUGAGCAGUUCAAGCAGCAGCUAUACUCUGAUGUUGAUUAUGUUAUCUAUCCGAUGCAGGACCCGGCCAUCAGUAAACAGGAAUACAUCGACUCAAAGCUUCUUCGUCACUACAACCAAAUGUAUGCACCGCCGCCAUAUCCAUCCUACCGCUCAUAUUCCGGUAAAUCGCGUGUCAUCUACCGCAGCACACCCAAUGUUGCCGUUGCCAGUAGCUACAUUCCAGUUUCAUUUAGCAAUUCAAUUGUUGGACCUGGACAGAAAUUUGCGUCGAACCAGAAUCUAGUAGAAUAUGGUUACCCCGGUUCCACGUAUUCGUAUCUGUCGAGUCAUCCGUCGUCUACUUCGCCACUUUACUCUGCAGCUGCAUCGUACUCAUCUUCCUCACAAAGUCUCUGCUAUGAUCCUUUGUCGUACCAUUUGAGCGUUCCCAAAGUCCCUGUUUUACCGGCAGGUUUCAACAGAACCCGGUCAGAUGACAAUAUCCUAAACUGCGUUUAUGAAGAAAGUUUGUUACCAACACCAGAGAAGCCAAGGAUUCGACGGCCACCGCCUCCUCCGCCUUAUGAUAUUCAAGUGAACAGUUCAACUGACCUACCAGCAUCAAAAUCUUUCGCUGUUAGUGCACCACCUGUUGCAAACCAGAAACCAAUCAACAAUCCAAUCUCUCCCGGGUCUUCAGUGGUUUCGACGCUUCUGAAAACUGCGGCUGAAGAAACAAACAAGGUGAAUCCUAGCGUCAGUUCAAACGUAGGGAAUAGUGCAGAUGAACUAACCACCAUAAAUGGGAGGCGAAAAGAAUCCGGGAACGGUAUGCUUGACAUCCGUACUCUUCGCGAGAAGAGCCGCAACCUGGACCUCCCAUUAAUAUCAGCCUUAUGCAAUGAUAAGUCUCUGUUAAAACAGACAAACGCUUUUGUGCUGCCAAAACAUCCGAGCAAAAAACUGAAAAAAAAUGACAAACGACCGGUGUCAUGGCAUGUAGAUUCUAAUGGGGACAAGGCUACAGCACCUGUCAUCGAUAAGAGCGGGGAAAUUUCCCCGAGCAAAAAGAAUUCUCUGUUUGCAUCGUUUUUGUCCGGUAAAUCAAUGAGCAACGGGUCCACAUCUAACUCUCCGUCCUUGAAACAUUCCCUCUCGCAUUCGGGUAUGUCGAACAGCAAGUUAAAGUACCCUGUGUCGGGCUUAUCGACCAACCAGAUCUUCAAGCCUAGUAAAAAAGCUGGUGCAAGCAGGCACACGCAUCCAGCGGACAAAUCAACCUCUGGUGAAUCUGUCAAAACUACUUCAAUAGUGAGUAAGAGUGCAAAAAUAAGCCACAGCAAAAGUGCCACCAAUAUUUCGACGAACGGAAUCAAAAAAGAGAAAUCUCAGGAAACCAUUGUAACAUAGACACCUUUGUGGAAAUUUCUCUUCCUCUCAAAACUUUACGCUCCGUGAGCGUAUUUCUUUGACAGUCCUUCAGUAGAUAAAUGUUUAUUCUGUUGCUGUUUUGCCAUUAGUUUUAACCUCCUACUGUAUUCAUAGGCCAAUUAUUUGGUUAGAAUUGUAGGAAUAUUAGGAAGAAAUUUGUGAGUUAAUAAUAAACUAAUCCUUAACUACUGUGCCAUUGCACCGAAGAAAUAUUUGAUCUUGCUUUCUUUAAGCCUAAAUGAUCAAUGAUGUUGAUCAGGUUUUCACAAUUGCCAGGUAACCUACAGUGUGGAAGUCUUGAUUCCUUCUGGCAAUGCCAAAUCGAUUCUCUUUAAUUCCAAGGAGGAUUAAUUUAUAAACAAGGAAUAUUGUUUAUACUAAGUUCAAAGCCCCAUCAUUUUUAAAAACUCUUGAAUUCCUCCACCUUUUGUCAUUAAUUUUCGGACUAAUGUAUUGAUGGGCAGUAGCUCGUCGAAACAUACGCUCAGACUUAAGCAACAAGAGGUAAAGCAAUUUACGAGUUUUUAAAAAAUCAAGCAGUUUUAUACCUAGCUAUUCUCCUUGUUGGCCCAAAAUUUUCUCACAAUUUAUCAGUUGUUUUUCUGAAGCAAUGGAAUUUAUGUUUGCCCUACAACCUUAUCUAUUUUAUGCCACAAUAAGUAGGAAUUAAAAUUUUUCAUGGGGCAAGAAUUUCAUAUGUGCCAUUCGUAAGUUGUUCAAAACAACACCCGUCUCAAGCCUCAUGUUUUGGAGUUGUCUCGUUCCAAGGGUAGAGAAGCUAUUUUGAUACUAAAUUUUUUAUCAAAAUUAUGCAACAUAAGUUGCAGCAGUUUCUAAGUAAUACAUUUAGCAGUCAGACAGGUCACUAAUUGCUAAAUUUGUGGAUCAAGCUCUGUAAAUGUAUUACUUAUUAUGUACAUGAAACAAUACUAGGCAUAGUCUGUCUUAGUCAGUUUCUUAGUUUCUAUUUUUUACUUUUGUAAAUAUUGUAAUUAGUAAGAUUGUAGAUACAGCUUGAUGAAAAGUGUAAUUUGUUGCUGUACAUAGUUUCUGUAAAGAAUCUGAUUUAAAUUGAAAACAAACAAAAAAAAUUAAAAAAUUGGGAAAAAAGAAAAAAAUUAACUUUCUUCAAUUAAUGUUGUGCAAUUUUUAAAUAUUUAUUAGGUAAUUUGUGUUUUGACUAAAUUUGCUCAAUUUUUUUAAUCUGUCUUACCUGUUUUAUCUUUUAAUCUGAUAGGUAACGAAUUUUAUUAGAGACCAAAAACCAACCUUGUCCCAAAAAUCUACAACAAUUUGUUGUCAAAGAAUCAAAGCAAAGUUAUACUGAAUAGCUAUAUUUAGUCCCUCGCCGCUGUUUUCAGAACAUUUCUUGGGCUUUAAGAUAGCCACUUUUGAUUCUUUGAUGUUGUUUUUAAAACUUUUUGUAAGCCCCAAGAAUGUGUUGAGUCAUGCCUAAGAUCAUUAUUUAUCAGCCACUUUUAAAUGUAUGUUAGUGUAUUUUCACCCUCACAAUGAUGAUGAGUCCAUGAGAUACAUAUUCAUUCUUUUAACUUCAAAGAUGUAAUCUUGAUGGGACGAUCACACAUUUCAAACUGCCAUAACAUUGUAUCAGUCUUUUGUCGUUUGAGACCUUACAAAUUUUGGAAGUGUGAAAUCAAAGAGAAAAUCAAUCUGUUUGCAACUCUUGUCCUUUUUAAAAUUUUAGACUUACUAGAGCCUUUUUUAGCAUCUUCAAAAAUAUGUUUUUUUUCUCAAGGCAGUAAUGUCCGACUAUCCGAAGAUUUGUGGUGAGAGCUGCAAUACCUAUCUUAAAAAUCCUGUUACGAAACCACCAAAAAAAGACUGGAAAAAAGCCAUUCUUGGCUCUGUUUGCAACCUAAAAGCAAAAGCUUGGCCAAUUCUCUAUCGACUUUUUGAAAUGUAAGUUAUUCAAUUGAGUUAAAAACAUGAAAAACCGGUAUGGAUUUUCAAUUUUUGCGCGAUCGACAGGUUUUCAUUGUUUCGACCACUCUGGACCAAAAACUCAAUCUUGACUCCGUCCAAUAGCUGGAGCAUCAAAUAAUCAGGGCAAUAUCUCCUUCAAUAGUUGUCCCUGACACCUGUGGUUUGAAUGGACUUAUUGUUUUUGUUUCUCUAAAAGAUUCAAAAAUCAAAACAUGAUUUUACAAUUAGUGUAAUUGAUCUAUGUAUUAUUGGAGAUGCAAACAAGAAAAGAAUAUACAUGCUCAAAAAUUUGUAAUGAAGUUACCCAGAAGUUGAGGAAAUUACUCAAAUUGUAGCUCAGUAAAUUCUAUAUCAGUGGUAAAAGGGUCCUGUUCCCUUGUGGUUUACUUAAAAAACUGUUUUUAGAUGAGCCGAGGUCUUCGUGGAACUGCAACAGAUCGCAGUUUCCUUUCAUAGGAUGAAUGCAAAUUGAAUCGCUUUAAAUUUACUUCCUGCAUAGUUGAUAUGUAAUUUUUGAUGUGUCUCUGCUGGUGCCAUUUUAAAAUUUUUCAGUACACUUGUCAUAAACACGAUCAAAAAUGGGGUUUAGAGUGAGUAGUCAAGCUUAGGUUUGAUGAGGAAAGCCUAAAUGUGCCGUUUUUCAUCAAAGGCAGGGAUUUUUUUGGACGUCCUACUCCUUUCUUUGCCUCAAAGCAAGGUGUGCACACAUUAAAAUUAAAAAACUGAUGAUUUUCAUCUUUACUAAAAUGUUUAAGGUCAACCACUUAUUGUGGAACUGAGUUCUCUCAAUUUCAGAGUGUCUCAAACAUUACUUUCAUUUUAUCUCAAAUUGGAAAAAUCACUGUACGGACUAUUUCUCAUUUUUACAUUAUAAGCAGAAAUUGUAACUGUAGUUUUUUUUUUUUUUUUUUUUUUUUUUUUUUUUUUUUCUUUAGCAAAGUCUAACAUACGAAGCUAAUCUUGGGUGACAGACAAACUGAAAAUGUGUUUUAUAUGCUAGCAUUGGUCAUUUUGCUCAUAAAAUACAUACAGCUUAACUUCCCUUAUGUAGAUUUUAAGAGCCUUAAGUUAGCCGUUUUCAGAAUAAAAUGGACUAAUAUUUUGCCAAGUGCCUUAAUAGAGUUACCAAGGUGUAGGUUCAUUUUUAUUUUUUGAUCCAUCAUGUCCUUAAUCUGAUCUAGCUUUGUAGUCGUCAUACAAUAAUACCAGUAAUACACGCACACACUAAUCAGUAUGAAAAGCUAUUACACAUUAUGAAAAUUUAUUUAAACAUAUUCUUCUGGUCUAAAUGUCAUUUCUUUGAUUUCAAGUUUUAUUAUGAGAUGUGAUCAGAUCCCUGUGCUUUUUCUUUCCGGUGUUGUGUCUGCGAUGGAAAACCUGCAAGGACACAAAUGGAAGUUUCUAAAUCCCCAAUAGCUUGAUUAUAUUUCAGCAUGUUCCUUAAACCUUCUUAACUUAUGUACUUUCCCUUGGUGUUGAGGGGGUUGCAUUUUGCCAUAAAAUUAUAAGGAGGAUAGGGAAAUGAUGAAUUUCCUUUUAUCGAGAUCGCUCUUAGAUUUCUUGAUAGUAAUAACUCUCGAUUAUGGUAGAUGAGUGCACAGCAUUCGAAGUUCAAUUCAAAAUUUUUGAGUCCAUUUAAUUUCUUAUUCAGCCAGGUUUAAAUUUUCAUAAUGAAAUGGACAUUAUGUUGGGUAUAAAGAUUUGAAAAAUCUAUCGUAGCUUGAAGAAGGGAUUGGCUCUAAUAAUUUUCCCCACCGGCAUGCAAGAAAGAAAGUUUUGUUUCAUGUUAAUGUCCAAUCUUUGAAAAAUUUGAGAAAUUUGUUCUGAAGUGGAGUACAGAGGCAUGAAAAUAUAACACUUCCGGCUAAUUUUUUUUACUUUUUGUUUUAAUGAGCAAAAUUAACACCUAAACUCUCUUUACUCAACAGUUUUCUCAAAGUUUCCAAAGCCUGAUAAUAUUUUAAAAUGUUGUGUAGGUAUUUGUACAAAUAGCAACUUAGUUAAAUUAUUUGUGAAUUUUUUUAUUUUUUUUUUUAAAAAAUUUUUGUUAUACCUAAAUACUAUAUUUUAUACCAGUGCUCAAUUGAAGCUGCGGAUUAAAACUGCAGUUUCAUGCCGCUGCAGUGGGUAUCACACUGUUUGGCGGUAUUCUAUUUUGUUGAUUUUAUAAUUUAUAUUUGUUAGGUUUUUAUUGUUAGUUUUAUCCAUCAAAAUCAGUGUGAAGAAACACUGAGUUAAAUUUUCAAAACAAACCGUAGAAUUUUGUACGUAAAGAAGCAAACAUCUGUGCCAAUUGCAUACAAAUUCCUUAACAAUUGUACUUUAUCAUAUUUCUACUUAUUUAUUUAUUAUUUUUUAUCUGUCGAUUAUUAAAUCAAUCGAAAAACUGA